AAUGGCACUCACUCACUCUUCCAACAUGGCGUCUCGGCUGCAGGCAGUGCAGUCCAAGAUCUUUGAGGGCCUGAGCGCCACUCCGCCCGUCUCGCGCUCGCUCUGCAUCGCAACCCUCGUUGGCUGGCUGCUGUCACUGACAGAGUUCUAUGGAUACAUUGCACUCACGCCUGCCUUUGUCGUGCCGCCACAUAUUUACAUUUGGACAUUCUUUACGGCUGCAUUUGCCGAGCCGCGAUUCAUCACGGCUGUGGUAUGCGCAAUGUCCAUCCUGAUGAUUGGCAAGUUUAUCGAGCCGCUGUGGGGAGGAAAGGAACUCGCACGCUUCAUCUCGAUCGUGAACGUUGGCACCAAUGUGGCAACCUUUCUUGUGAUUGUUUUGGCGUUCCGCCUUUACGGUGAAGAGCAGUUGAUCUACGCGCAUUGCGGCGGCUUGAUUGGCGUUUUGGCUGGCUCGAGUGUUGUUUUCAAGCAACUCACGCCCGAAUACUCUGUCAACAUGCUCGUUGUCAGCGUCCGCACCAAGCACUUCCCAAGCGCCAUCAUCCUGUUGUGCUUGCUGCUUGCUGUUUUCCGCAUCAGCCCACCGCAAGACGUUCUCUUUGUGUGGUUUGGCAUUGUCACGAGCUGGGUCUACCUGCGCUUUUUCCAGCCUCGCGAGGGCUCGCGUGGCGAUCUUGGCGAUGUCUUUUCGCUGGCCAGCUUUUUCCCAGAGGCUGUGCAGCCCGCUGUUAACAAGGUGUCGACGAGCAUCUAUGGCCUUCUUCAAUCGGUGCACAUUGUGCCACCAUGGCCGACCAACAACUCAAACACAAUGUCGCAGCAGCAGGCCGGCUCGUUGCUUUACACGAUCGGCACCGGCCCGACAGCCUUCCGACCAGUUGUUCCCGCCGCAGUAUCGUCAUCUCAAUCACAAAUCAUGACUGCCGCUACUCCCAUUCCAAUCGGCGAUGCCAAGCCGGUCGAUGCUGAGCGACGAAGACAACUUGCUUUGAAAGCUUUGGAUAUGCGACUGGGACUAGACCCCAACGAGCAGGGCGACAACCAGGUGUAGACAGCAUUGCAUGUAACUGCGUCCAGGUUCUUGUUUGCUUUUUGUUCGAGGCUGCGAAUGUGGUGUUUUCGGUAUUUUCUUUGUUCGUGGCAUGCGCGUACCCCGGUGCAGUUGUGGAGAACGGCAUAUUGUCAUUUCCAAAUGUAAUGUAUUUACGCAUCGACAGCAACUCACGAA